CCCUGAUGUCAUCCUCUGUAAUGAAAGAAGAAAACUGUACCAUCACACUCAAGGCUUAACAGACUAUCUUUAUGGUUGAUCCCUAGUGCUGCCUUUAGGUGCUGCUGGUGUCUCUACAAUCCAAGCUCAAAGGUCAGAGAGCCAAAAAGUGAAUUGGACGCAAAUACCAAGUGGUGGAGGGAGUAUGCCUUUACUUACCACACUGCAAAAUACUUUACAGGAGGGCCAGCCUAUUUACAUGGCAGUUAAAGGAGUGGUGUUUGAUGUCACCAAUGGUAAAGAGUUUUAUGGAAAAGAUGCACCAUACAAUGCCUUGGUUGGUAAGGACUCAACUCGGGCUGUGGCUAAGAUGUCCCUGGACCCAGCAGACCUGACACCAGAUACU